AGUCAAAGGUAACCUAACCUUUUUCUACUCUUGGAGUUAGGCAAGUGAAUUGUUGUCGUGCCUUCAAAAUGGGAAAAACGCUAUUGACUGAUUUGCAAAUGUUAAAAAAUUUUAAAAAGAGUAGUACGUAUUAUAGAAAAAUUGAUAAUCGUAUGAAAAAACCUGAUGUGAAAUCGAAUGUUAAAAAAACUACAAUAUUGAAUGAAAAAUAUAUCGCCUCAACAUCAAAUUUAUCGCAGAAUGCUGUAGAAUCGGUAUUGGAUUCUGUUUUAUUGAAGCAUGAAAAUAUAAAUUUUAAUAAUGAAAGCAAUUAUAAUGUUGAAUCAUCUGAUAAUGAUGAUGCACUUGAAGAUGUACUUGAAGAUGCAGAAGCAAAAUGUAUCGAUUUACGAGAGGCAUUACAAGAAUGGGCACUGACAUUUAAUAUAUGCCAUAAUGCAUUAAAAGCAUUAUUAAAUAUUGUAAUUCCGGCAAAAAUAUCAAAUAUGCCUCGAGAUCCGAGGACACUAUUGGAAACACCAAGAACAGUGGACACUAUAAAGAUGGGAAACGGACAAUAUUGGCACAAUGGACUGCAGACUUGUCUUGAAAAGUGCUUAUCUCAUGUAGAGAACCCUAUGGAUAUCGCACUGAAUUUUAAUAUUGAUGAAUUGCCAAUUCAUAAAAAUUCAAAGAUGCAGUUCUGA